AUGCUGCUGGGCUCCUCCUUCGCGUCGCCGUUCACCCAGCUCCACCUCUCGCCGAGCCCCAAUGCGGGGGCGGGGGCGCGGCCGGCGGCGGGGCUGGCGCUGAGGAUCGAGGCGGCGAAGCAGCUGACGGGGCGGGUGGUGACGACCAAGGCGAACAAGACGGUGGGGGUGGAGGUGGCGCGGCUGAAGCAGCACCCCAAGUACCACCGCCGGGAGAAGAUCAAGAAGAAGUACCAGGCGCACGACCCCGACAACCAGUUCAAGGUCGGCGACUUCGUGGAGCUCGUCCGCUCCCGCCCCAUCUCCAAGACCAAGCACUUCCUCGCCGUCCCCGUCCCGCCCCGCGACACCCGCCGCAAGGCCCAGCUGCUGCCCCCGCUCGAGUCCCAGUCCGCCGACGACUCCGCCGCCGCCGCCGCCGAGGAGACCGCCGCCUAG